GGAGGUGAAGAAGAGCCAAGCUGGCGCUACCAGGCUCCAGGGGCGGAGCCCGCAGGAAAUUUAAACCGGAGCCGCGGCCGAGGGCGCCUAGAGAAUGGUUUCGUAGUCGCACGGUAACAGCCGGUACUCGGGAGUCUGGGAGAGCUCAUGGGGCCGCGAGUGUAAGACGGAGGCCCUGAGGCGGGAGUACGGAGGCCGGGAAGGAGGCGAGUGCUCGAGGAGCGAGCCGGGACCGGGCGACGGUUGCGCCAGGCUGCGGAGGUCCAUGGCUGAGACUCGGCUCCGGGCGGCAGACCUAGGGGCUCAGCUAGGAGUUUCCAGUUGUCCAGAAAAAUGCCACAAGAGCUCGCCACGCGCUGGGAGGCAGCCCUUUUCUGGAAAGUCUUUCUACUUGGAUCUACCUGCUGGCAAGACUCUUCAGUUUCUGACCGGCGCCAUCCAGCAGCUGGGUGGGGUAAUUGAGGGUUUUCUGAGCAAAGAAGUAAGCUACAUCGUGUCCAGCCGCCGAGAAGCCAAGGCCGAGAGCGGCGAGAGCAGCCCCAGCGUCUGCCUGAGCCCCAGCGAGGUCAGAGUGGACACACUACCCACAGUGGAUCCAAGAGGCAGCCACGCCCGGGCUUCACAGACCCCUGCAGACUUGGUGCCUAUGAGCAGAGGGAAGGAGCUGCUGCAGAAGGCCAUCAGAAAGCAGGGGAGCAGCAGUGGAGGUGGCAGUGGAAGCAGCAGCAGCCUCCUGACCAACGCCCGCUCCUGGGGAGUGAAGGUCCUGCACGUGGACGAGAUGUUGGUGCACCUGCAGCAGCUGUCUCUGGGGUGUCUCUGUGUGAAGAAACAGGAGCCAAAGAAGGCAGAGGGAACGCGUCCAGCACCAGAAGCACGGACACGGAAAGUGGCCAGGCUGAAGGCGCCGUUCCUCAAGAUUGAAGACGUGAGCAGGAAGUUCCGUCCUUGUCACCACCAGUUUAAAUCCUUUCCUGAAAUUUCUUUUCUGGGACCCAAAGACGCCAGCCCCUUUGAGGCCCCAAGGACCCCGGGCAGCUCACACCAUCCCAGGCCCCGAGAGCCAAGCCCGCGGUCGGCUGCCCGCCCCGUGCCCCGAAGGAAGAAGGGGUUCUGCGAGUGCUGCCAGGAGGCCUUCCACGAGCUCCACGUGCAUCUUCAGAGCGCCCAGCACCAAGGCUUUGCUCUGGAAGCCCAUCCAUACGCGGAGGUCGACAGGAUCAUCGCCCAGCUCAGCCACAGUUUGGCAGACAUCCCCUUCCGCGCGUGCCUGCCCAGGUGGUCAGGUGGUCCAGCACCUGUCGGCGACCCUCUCUGUGCCGAGACCCUGCCCCACAGCGAGCCUUCCCAUCCCAGGGCAACGCCUCCCAUGAAGAGAAGCGACACCUGCCAGGCCCUAGGUGCGCCGCAGCAGGCUGUCACGGUGGGCAGUGUGCAGGCUCCAGCUGAACCUGCACGGACUGGCGAGGCAUCAGGACCAGGAGCAAGCUGCCAGGAGCCGGAGGGGUCCCUGGAGGUGUUUGUGGACCCAGCAGUGACAGCCACGUCCAGGAGUCCUGCCUGUCAGCGCCCCCGGACCGCCCCCGGUGAUAUGGACCUCUCUUCUGGCUCAGACUCAGCCACCGUGGGCCACAAGCGCAAGGUGCAGUUCCCCAGUGGCAGUGCUGAGAAGAGACCUGGGGCGUCCUGGCCAGAGGCCUCGUUUUUUGUCCCAAGAGCCCGCAGCCCCGGCAGUAGCAGGACAGCCAGUGGUGAUCACCUCUUCUCCCUUCCUCCUCCGAGCCAGGAGCCCGGGUCCCCAGCCGCAGUCCUGCCGACGAGCUGCCCGCAGGCCUGCCUCUCCUUCCCAGACCCCUUCCCCUGGCAGCCCGCAGGGGUCUGGGCUGCCCAGCCUCCCUGGCCUGGGGGAGGUUGGCCCCCAGGACCUGCGGAUUCUGAGCAAGCGGCCCCUGGCCCUGUGUCCCAGCGAGGUGAGCCCGCUGUGCCAGGCCAGCUGCCAGCUGCUGCCCUGCGCGUCCCAGGGGGCCCUGCAGAGAGCCAGUCUGCCUCUGUCCCCCACCCCCUGCCAGCCGGCGGGGCAGCCAGCUGCUCCCGAUGGUUCUGGACGUCGCCCCCUCUGCAGGUGCCCUGCCUCCCUGUCUCCCAGGCCGGGCCUCAGCCCAGCGCCGGCCCAGAGCUGCUCCUGUGAGACCUCGGGGACUCCGCUCCUCACAGGGCCACGCGUACAAGUUAAACCUCUGCUCGGGACACAGGGAGGAGCCUGCGCCUGGCCUUUGAGGUCCAAGUGCUGAGCUCUGCGGAGCCAGCCAAUCCUCCCACCUGCCUGGGCUCGGGGCGGGACCAGGGCAGUCGACGGAGCUGCCCCCCCCCCCCCCCACUGCUUCCCACCACGGUCCUGACCACGCAGCCGUCUCUGGUGGGCUUGCCGGCCAGGAGGCAGGGGCCGGGCUGGCAUUCUGGCAGGGCCCACAAAGCUGGCGCAGCAGCAGGAGGCCUGGCUGGCUCCUCUCUGCAGGGCCCAGCCCCACCCAGCCCUUCCUACAACCAUGUGGUCUCCAUUCCCAAACAAUGCCUGUGUGCCC